AUGGCCGGCAAAAUCAAAGCAAAAGACCUCAGCUACGACUCCAGCCUACCGCCCUUCCUGCAGCGUCUCCACGAUCAGAAAGCCGGCCGAGGCGAUCAGGACCUGCAUGAACGGCAGCUUGCUCGCCCUAAGCGAGAUAAGAAUGCUGAUGAAGACGAUGGGCCGACGGUGGUGGAUGAGAGUGGGGAUGUGGUGAGCAAAGACGAGCUUGAGAAACUCAAUGCUGAUGCUAUUGGUGGUGAUAGUCCCGGUGAGGACGUGGGAGGGAGUGUUUCAGGUGACUUGGGGAAAGGUGAUGGUGGUGAUGGAGUAGAAGAAGUGCGGGCUUCUGGUGCGCUGCCUGUAGAUGGUGGGAAGAAAGAUGACGCGAAGGUGUCAACGGGACUUGGAGCGAGGAAGAGGAAGGCGGGGAAGGUCGUUGGGGAGGAGAAAGACAUCGAUGCACCUUGCGAUGAUGGCCCGACAAGCAAGAACAAGGCCACGUCGAAGUCAAAGAAAAAGAAAGUGAAGCCCGUCAAGCUUGCUUUCGAUCACGGUGAUGAAGGUUGA